AUGUUCUCCCUGGGAAUGAUGGGAGGAUACGUCAUGAAGAGAGAAUCGGAUGCCAUCUUUACCUAUGCUCCCCGCCUAUUGUCAGCUGAUACCCUGGUGGAAGAGUUUGCCCAACAAAUGCUACCAACAACUAGCAGUCAAGGUCAGCGAGAGGUACACAUUUGCCAUGAGAAUCCGUACAAAGAUUCUCUGCUACCCAACCACAGCUUUGCAACCGCAGAACUCAGGGCCCAGUUGUGGAUGGCCAAUAAAACCAACAUUCGAAACGCACUUUACUUUGACAGUCAUGACAAGAACACUCAUGCCAAGUUUAAUGCCUUUGACGUCAUGGCACCGUGCCAUCAAAACUGCACCGGUGACUGCGGGUCCGACGCCUCCAAAAUCGUGUGUGGGAUACAGCAUUUGCAAGAGGGAUGCAUCGUCUACUCGAUUGGGAGCAAUAACAAUUGGAUAUUCGAAGAGGAAAUCUACAACAUGACGCCCUGUCACAUUCAUACGUUUGAUUGUACGGGGCCCAAACAACGCUUCCAGCCCCCUGCAAUAAUUCGCAAUCGUCAUACAUUCCAUCACAUGUGUCUAUCCUCGCAUUCCGAGCCCACUCCUACCAAAAUUGUACCAACUGGUAGAAUUCGAAGCACCAUCAUGGGACCCAUGGAGACACUGGAAGGGAUGCAACGCAUGCUCAACCACACUCGGUUGGACCUGCUAAAGAUGGAUGUGGAAGGCUACGAAUUCCCACUAUUCGAAUCCUGGCCAGAAUUGACCGAUUUGACAGCAUCUUCCAAAGUCUUUCUUCCCAUGCAAGUUUUGGUGGAGAUCCACUACUCGACCCAUAUGAAAGACCUUCGACCAUCACAACCAGGAGUCCCCUUCAAGACUGAAAUUGAGUUGGUGGCACUGCAAGAACAUUUGUUGAAGAUGGGCUAUGUGGUGGCUGUGCGAGAUGACAACCGACUGUGUCGUCAUUGUACCGAGUUGACACUGUUGCGGCACAAAUGCAUCUAG